AUUGCUUCAGAUCGAAGCCACGAAUUGGAUCGUAAAUAAUAUUAAAUUUUUUUUCAUAGUGAAAAUUUCGUAAAUUUUCGCGUUUGAUAAACUAAAUAAGCACUUGGAUUUCGUAGUAGAAUAGACACUUCUACCAACAUUCUUGGAUUCUAAUUGGACGAUACAUUUUGGAGGGGGGUAAUUGAAUUUUUUAUACUGGAAGCUUUUUUCUACUACGAAGAUUAUUACCUAUGUGAAAACCAUCACCUGAACGUGUUAGAAUGUUGAAAAUGCGCGUUCCUCGUAAUCGAUAUAGUAUAUAUCUAUUAAUUUUUGUAUUAAAUUUCGCGACUGUGUUGAGUAAUCCUCGAAGUUCAUCGCUCCAUUCGUUCGUCUCCAAACUCAAAGGAUAUCCUACGCCGGUAGCCGAUAGGCCAGCAGCACUUUUGCCUACACCAUCAGAUAACAGCUGUUCAAACAUAUGUCAAAGUUUAGAUGGAGCUGAACCUUCAGUUCUAAAAUACCGAGAAAAUGAAGUUUAUAAAUAUAAAGUCGAAGGUCUCACAUCCAUCCACUUACCCAACUCCUUGAAAGGAGAAGGUGUAAAAUUGAAUUACGUCGCCAGCUUUGAUCUCAUUGCGGAGAACAAAUGCUCGUUUAUUUUGAGGAUUUCAUCAGUCGACGUCAUUGGUCCCGAUGGAAAAAAAUACAAUGACCGAUCACUGCUCGGGCAACCGGCUCGAUUUUCCUGGAGUAAUGGAAAACUGGAAAAAUUCUGUAUCGAUAAACAAGAUUCGAUCACCGCUUCGAAUUUGAAACGAUCGAUUAUAGCCAACUUACAAAUAUCAUCAUGGGGUAAUCCCCUAUCCAGGUCUACAUCUGCUGAUAUGUCAUCUUCAUACGAGACUGAUGUUUAUGGAAGAUGUCCUGUGACCAUUGAAACUAGUCAAGAACAAGAUGGUUCUUGGACCAUAACAAAGAGUAAGGAUUUGAACCAAUGUAAAUACAGGCAAGGAUUCGAUUUCGCUGUAGGAUCCAGCACCUAUAUUUCAGACAGUCCAUUUCAAACUAAUCCAUUCGUUCAAGCGAAUUUAAAAUCGGUUACCAGAGUUGAAAAAGGUAUACUUAAAUCAAUCGAAGUAAACGAAGAGUACAAUUACCAACCUUUAACUAAUUACGGAGAAUCGCAAACAUCUGUAAUUGUAACAACUAAAAUUAAUCUGUUGGGGAAGAGUAAAAAUGGAAUAGCCAUCACUUCCCUGAACCAUGUGCCAUCAUCUUUACUAUUUGAAACUGAGAAAAACCAAAAUACGGCGACUAAUGUUCCCACAAUUAUCAAAGCUCUCCAAAACGCCAGUACUUUAGACGAAUCUGGCGCCAUACCAGCUGAUGCUGCAAAAGCCUUCAGCCAGUUUGUUUCCAUUUUGCAACAAGCCAAACGUACCGAUAUCCUCACCACUUAUGCGCAAGUCAAAAGUGGCGCCGGAUUUCAGAAUAAAGAUACUGCAAGAUCUGUGUUUUGGGAUGCUUUGGUCAUGGCUGGCACACCAGCUACCACUGAGACUGCAGCAACGUUGCUGAUUAAUAACGAAAUGCCCGAAGAUGAAAUCUCUAAAUUCCUCAUGUGUUUAUCUUUUGUCAAACACCCAACUGAAGAUACAUUGAUUAUUGUUUCGGCUUUGUUGGAUGGUGCGAACGUUGAUGUAGACAGAUACCUUGGAUUAGGUUCUUUAAUUCGAAAAUAUGUUCAAGACAAUAAAGAAGUAACACCCGCUUUGGAAAAUGCUCUCAACAAACUUACUUCGCCUCUAACAAAAGGAAUUCCAAAAACGAUUGAAGAUGAAGAUCGAGCUAUUGCCAGUUUAAAGGGUUUAAGGAAUGCUCAAUAUCUGACGCCUAACGUUUCAAAAUCUGUUAGAGGAAUUAUCAAUAGCAAAGAUGCCACGACGAGGGCUCGUGUGGCUGCAUUGCAGACUCUAAUGGCUAAUUCAUCAGAUGACGAGAACAAGAAAUUAGCCUUGGAUAUUUUGCAAUCAAAAGAAGAAGAUCCUGAAAUGAGGAUAACCGCUUUCUUGGCUUAUGUCAAUGAUCCAGCGCCAGAAUCUGCCGAUAUCAUUAAAAAUAUCUUGGACAAUGAAGAAAGCGAUCAAGUCGGUAGUUACAUAAUAUCGUUCUUGAAAAACCUCCGAACCAGCACAAAACCUGAAAAAGAAUUGCUCAAGCAGUAUUACGGAGAUAUUCGAACCAAUAAAAAGUUUCCCUUCGAUUUUCGUCAAUAUUCGCAGAAUUACCAGUUCUCUCAAUUAUUCUCCGCUUUGAAUUUGGGAUAUUCUGCAGAAGCUGACGUCAUCUUCUCACCUCAAUCUUUUGUACCACGUUCUUCAUCAUUCAGCCUAAAUUCUUAUUUGUUUGGAAACGCGUUCAAUCUUUUAGAAGUUGAUACUAGAAUAGAAAAUUUAGAAUAUAUGAUAGAAAAAUACGCCGGACCACGUAGUUAUUUGCAAACAACCGAAGCAGAAGAUAUGGCUGACGAUUUUGUAGAUCAAGUUCAAAGUUUCGCUGGACAAAUGGCUCAAAAAGUUGCCGGAUUGAACCGUCCGAAACGUGGGGCCAACGCAGAACCUUCGAUUAAACAAACGAAAAAAGCCAAAACUCCUCUUUCAGAAAAGUACAUCGAUUUCGACCUGAGUCUCAGAAUGUUCGAAUCCGAAAUAAAAUGGUUCAACAUGCACACUGAUAAAGAUAGCGUUGCUUCAGAUAGUUUUACUAAUACCCUCCAUAAGCAAAUCGAAGAAGCUAUCAAUUCAGCCAAAAACAUGAAUGUGGACUACAAACGAUACAGUCGGUCUCCGAUAUUGUCCAAUAAUGUCAUUUACUACCCAACCAGUAACGGAUUCCCAAUUAAAUUAUCGACUGACGUCAAUUCCGUGGUCAAUUUCAAACUAAAAGGUUCCGUAGAUGUACCACAAAUCAUCAACAGACCAAAAUCUGCUGCUGUGAAAUUACAAAUCAUGCCUAGCGCCGUUGUACAAGCCGAUGGUAUGCUGGAGAUCGACGCUUACGUAGUUUCAGCAGGUUUAAAAGCCUCUUCGUCAGUUCGCACAGCAACUGGUGUAGAUAUUACCUUUAACGUCUUGGAUGGUCAAGGUUUCGAUAUGAAACUCGAAUUGCCCGUUAAAGAACAAGAUAUAUUCACUCUAAACACCGAAGCUUACACAACAGUAAAAGAGAAAGGCGUACCUACCGUUGAAACGCAGCUAAAACCAGCUGGUAAAAGAUACAACUACGGAGGAACUUUCGAUCAAUUAGCAGAUCUCACUGGUAUGUCAUUAUUUGCUGAAGUAAAUUCCCCAGCGUUCAGCUACAAACCCACCGUAGGCCCCGGAAAAAUAACGUUCAAAUUGGUGAAAGAAGAUCCGGCAUUACAGUAUUAUCAAAUCAAGGCUUACUACGAUUCAAAGAAAAAUGAUUACCGUUCAAUUGAAUUGACUUUUGAUACUCCUGGAUCAACUACGAAUCGUAAAGUAUCUCUGUUCGCUGACUGCAACACAUCUGAUCAAAAGAUCACCGCUAGUUUUAUUAGUCCAAUGAAACAACUCACUUUUGAAGGUAAAGGAACGUACUCCGAUUCCGAAGUUUCUUAUAAUUUGAAAUUCACCAAUGAUAUGGCCGAAUACAACGCCGAAGUCGGCGCAUCGAUAACUCCAGACAAAAAUAAAACCAUUUACAAACCGUUCUUGAAAUUAAAAACUCCAAACGAUGGUCGAGAAACAACUCUUAGCAAAUCACGAAUAGGUUCCAGGCCACAAACACAGCUAAUAACUAUCGAUGGCCAAAUAAUCGCGGAAACGAAGAAAAAUACGCCAAAAUAUCGCAAAUACGAUUUCAAAGAUCUGUCAGUAACUUCUCCGAUAGGAAAAUUAUCGCUUAAUGGACCCGUAUAUAUGGACACAACCUAUCCCCAAUUCGGCGCGAAUGUCGUGUUAUCAUACGGCGAACCCAGAAACACAAUUUCACUCAAAGGAAAUUUCAAUUAUUCCAAGAAUACCGAUAUCGAACAACAAAUUGACGCUGAUUUGGCCAUGUUGCCUUCGGAAUGGCCCGAGUAUGGGUUCAAGUACACGAUGAAUACCCGAAGCACUCCAAAUUCGAUCGACCGAGAUUUCAGCUUGACUCAUGGACCAGAUUUAGACAGUCAAACGUCCAAAAUAAGAUUCAAACAGACCUUAGAUUUGGUUAGAAAUCCUAAAAAUAACGAAAUUAAUUCUAUGAAAGGACAAGUCAUAGCUUCGUAUCCUUUAUGGAAAUUCGAUCUCAAUGCCGGAUUUGAAGAAAAAGAUUAUAAUUUCUUCGUUGGUAAUUCAGUUUUGGUCAUGGAUCGUACUAAUUUAGAACUCAACGGAUCUCUUGGCAUUGGUAACAGGAAAGUGGGCAACGUUGAUGUACAGUUACAGAGUAAACUAAACGAAAAAACAUUAAGCUUGACCGCUGUUCGAGAAUUGGUAGACGUUGAUAAAUCUAAUUUGGUUAUAAAUAUGAACGCCAAACCUGGAAAACAGAUAGUAAUUUCUGCAGAUCUCACUCAUGCCCUGAAACCUCUUUAUUACAUAUUAAGAUCAGAAUCGACGGUCACGAUAUCACCUAAUAAAAUUUACAAACAUGACGUAGGAGUAAAAUACACACCGGAUGAAAAAUCAAUUCACUUGGUAGCGUCUCCAAAUAACGAAAGAAGUAUCGAACUGAGAGCUGAAUACGCAACACCACAUCCAGCAAUUCAUGCUAAAGCAGUUAGUUACAUCAAAGAUAUCAUCGAUGGAGUUGCGAAUUUCGAAAAAGAAACCGAUAAAGCCACCGGUGAUUUGAACAUCAAUAUUGUAAAAGCCAGUCGAUCGAUAACUGGAAAACUAGAUCUAAACGUAGCAAAUGAUUCCAACUAUCAAGGUUACUUGGAAUUGCUUUGGGAUGCUUCCAAAGAUACUUCUAAAAAGCUCAAAAUUAAUACCAACACUGCGGUGACAAACGAAGGCCGCAGCUUAACAACCGAAAAUAACGUAGAAUUCAUCAACUACGGAUUCCAACUCAAUGGAAACUAUUCUUUGGAUGGAGAAUUAUUGAAUGGCACAGCUGCCGGAGGAUUAGAACUGAUAGUUCCUCAAGGGCCACGUAUAGGUUUCCAAUUGAAUCGUGCUCGAAGCACUAGCAAUAUGUUCACUAAUUACGACUUGAAUCUCAAAGGCCACUACUAUAAAACCGGCAACAGCGUACCAGUCAAUGUUAAUUACGUAUUCAAGGGCAGAAAUAUCGAUCUCUCUAGGUUUAUGUUCGAUUUUUAUUCGGAGCUUGGAGUAAAUAUGACUAAAGCUAAGUCUUUGAAAAUUGGAAUCGCUGGUAAAAAUAAAAUGGUCAAGAAUAUCUGGUCGAUUGGAGGCAAAUUGGUGCUCGAUGGUUCUCUAAUUAAAAACAAAACCAAUUUACAAUUUGAUACUUCGUUUUCGAAUCUCGUAUACAAUUAUGGUUUAUUAUCUCAACAAUCCGCCGUACCACCGACAACAUAUCGCAUUGUUGGCAAUUAUGGUGAAAAUUACAUAAUCGAUUUGGAUGGUAAAAUAGAGAAGUCAGAAUGCAGCAAUAAUCUUACUAUGAGAGUGCCGGUGAAUAAUCAACCAUUCAACGUGAAAUACACCGGUGUUGCUGUGAUUGAUAUAACAUCUUCUAAAAAUAUACUUAUAAAAACCACAAACGCGUUGAUAUGGGAAGAUAAGCAAUUCUUGAACUGGGACGCGUUGUUCGAAGUACAGCCAAACUUUGGAAAAUUGAAUUUGAACUGGGAGACGACGGGAGUUAGCACUCGAACUUUGAAAAUGGGUUACAGCUACGGUAUGGAACAGACUGAAGGACUACUUGGACCAUACGUAUCAUUUUCCACCAAUCUGACAUACGAUGGCAAAUUGGCCAAUUGUUUGAUGAAAUUAGAAUACAGUAAAGAUCUCACAUCACGUCAGUUGACUGUUUCAGGAGAAAGUCCUACCAGUGGACAAUUCUACCUUCAGGCCAUCAAUAAAUUGACAGACAACAGUCAGCAAUUGACCAACGAAGUCACUCUUCAAACUGUCAAUGGUAAAUGGGCAGCAGUCAGCUUGAUCAGCAUGUACCCGACAAAACCAGCCAUAAAUUUAUCAUACACCAGUCCCGAAGGAGUCUCGAAAUUCAUAUUGAACGGCGAAGAAAAAGUCAAAAAUUAUUGGACAGGAAAUGCGGAUAUUAGCUGGGUUCACGGAGGCGAAGGAUACUUCAAAGCAGACGCUGAAAUGAAACUAGAUAAUGCCGACGAUAUUUUGAUCAAAAUGAAUAUCGACGCUCCAAUCAUACAACUGCAAAACUUUUCGUUAGUGGCUAGUAACAAGGCUUCGAAUGACGCUAAGAAGAAGAUCAAAUUUGAUGCAAAAAUGAUGAACAUUCCUAUGGUCUCAGGAAGCCUUUCCUAUAUUUAUCAAUCGGAUAAUUUGAAAUUGCUAUUCGAAGCAGAAGGCACGGUUAAAUUCCAGAAUAAACUUCGUCCCAUUGCGUUCAAAUAUAGCAGAUCAAUAAUGACUCCAGAAACGUCAGGAGAGAAUGGCAACACGAAUAAAUUAUACUUCAAUUUAGAUAGUAAGAAAUACGAGUUGGACCUAGAAGCAACGUUCACAGACAAACGUUUCUUAUUGAAGAGAGAUUUGCGAUACGGAGGUCAAAGCUACAAGAUGGAUUUGUCGUAUAAUGUGAAGGCGACUGAUUCGGUUAGUUACGAAGAAGAUAUCAUUGCCCACAUCGAUUUAAAACCAUUCUUCAAGGAUGGUGAACAGUUCACCUUUGAAGGCAAAACUAUCAGGAGUUUGUCCAAUUAUAAUAAUCGUAUGUUGUUGCAAUGGGCUCCGGACAAAAGUAUCGAAUAUACUAUGUAUUCUAGUACAGGAAAAACAGGUAUUAGUUUCACACUGCCUAAGAGGCAAAUAGCUGCCGAGACCUUGUAUUCGUACAAAAUAGAUGGUUUAGACGGCGAUCUCAAAGUAACCACCAGCGUAUGGUUUGAUAAGAAACGAGAUGAAAACCAGAAACUACUGUUUUCUUUCGGGAAUGAAUACAAGGUUCCUGAAGAUAAAACUGAUUUUGUAAUGAGAAGCAGUGCUCUUUUCCAAAUUCCAACUUUGCCAAAGGCUAUUUCAGUGACCAAUGAAAUGCAACUAUCUCCAUUCGACGUUAGAACCGUUGAUACUAAGACAGUUUUAGAUAUUUUCCGAACUCCAGAACAAGCAGUAACAAUAACUUAUCAAGUGAAUAAACAGAUGAAAGAAGGAGGAUAUUCGAUUUCAGAUCAAUUAAGAUUAUUCAGCGUAGGUCAAGAAUUAGAUGUGUUACUGAAUCGAUCCUCUUCAUUGUACUUGGAUCGCGUAGAAGCACACGUUGGUUUAGAUUAUGUUGACUAUAAGAAAACAAAGAAGGUAUCCAAUUUAGAUUUCGAACUGCGAAUCAACUCGAUCGCUGGUCAAAUUCAAAUCAUGAACAUACCAUUGAUCAAGGGUAAAGCUGAAUUAGGUUUCGGAUCCAAUUACAUAGAAAUAAAAGAAGACUGGAGUAUCAUCAAUCACAAUUAUGGAAAACUUAUGAGAAUUACAACAGAUCCUACUUUAAUUGUUGUAGUUGAAUGGAAAGGCGAUGUAAAGCAAAAGGUGUUGGUCAAUUCGUCGCUAGUAUUCCGUCAAUACCUCAACCUCGAAGCACGUUUGUUGGAUAAAACAGCCAGAAAUGUCGCCUCAUUCACUCUAUUUUUGGACGAACCCAAAUUCCUGCAAUCCAAGAGUGAAAUAUUCAUCGAUAAUCUGAGAAUUGUUUUGGAAAACGGUAAACAAGAUUUAUUAUCUCUGAUUGACGACGGAAGGAACGCUUUCAAAGCUUUAUCAGCCGAUUACAAUUUGCAAAUGACGUUCAGAAUAAAACAAUACAGAGACGCCGCCAUAGAUUUCAAACCUGCCAUCGAAGCGACUAAUUCGUACUUGGCUACUGUAAGGGAUGAAAUUAAAAACGAUCCCAGCAUUGUAAAUGCUACUCAAAAUGUCAAGAAACUCGUCAGUAGUGUUGCUGACAGUGUGAUGGUAUUCCUUCAACAAGUAUCGGCAUUCUUGGGUGACUGGAUCUAUGGAUAUAACAUGAUAAUAAACAAGAUCGUAGAAUUCUUCGAAAAACUUAUACCAGAGAUUGAUACAAUGUAUCAGAAGACCAUAGAUGAUGCAUCAGCUUGGUUGAAAGACCUCGUAAACCAGUAUUCUCAAAUGAUGAACAACUUGGUCGAAUACAUUAGAGUGAAUAAAGAUAAUUGGAGAGAAAUCGCCAUGUCUGCAAUUGAUACAUUCAAAGAUUCUUUCAAAACGGCGUAUGACAUGUACGAGCAACUCAGAGCGGAGAUUACAGACUUUAUCGACAAAACAAAACAAUACAUCAACUCACUUCCAAUUACCAGUUACUUGCGAGAUAAAUUAGUGCAACUGAAGAAUUCUCAAGUGCCGAAAUACGUUUGGUCAGUAGUAUCGGAAGUUGGACAAAGUUUGAAAGAUUCUGUUUCAUCGCCGGAAUUCAAAAAUCUCAUCGAUUCCGUUUUGGGAACAAUUGAUAAAAUUUUGAACGAUAAACCCUACGACAUAAAAGAAGAAAUGAAAAAUAUUGGAAUGAAUUUAGUAGACAGCAUACGAGCAUUGAUUACAGCUAUAAAUAAUUCUAACUACAUCAAAGAUAUGACUAAUAGCGAUUUCAGCUGGCCAAAAUUAUCGUUGGCAUCAUUCAAAAAUGUUCCUAAUAUUUGGACCGUGUCGACUAGCGUUGUAAAUUGGGUCAGAGAUCCUGAUUUUGCUCCUUUGGAAGAUAUCUUCAUGACGUACAAAGUUGGUCUUAAGAACCCAUUCAAUUUAAUACCACCGUACAAGCGAACUGCAACCAUAGUCGAUGGACAACAUAUAGUAACAUUCGGCGGAAAUUAUUAUUCAAUAGAUAGAGAUUCUCAAUAUCUGCUUUCUGGAGAUUUCGGUGAUUAUAAUUUCACCGUGAUGGGAUACAUAAAGGACCGUUCCCUUAUGGGACUAGCUAUAUCAUCAAAUUCACAGAGCAUCGAAAUAUAUCCCGACAAAAGGCCUAAUUUGGAUAGAACGCCUACCGACUUCCCCGUAAACGGAGAUGGAAUAUAUGCCACCAGAACACCGCGUUCAAUCGAAGUGAAAGUUGAUAACAGUCUUUCAAUCAGCUGUUUACCGAAUUUGGAAGUAUGCACUUUCGAAGUUUCCGGUUUCUAUCAAAAUAAAGUCUACGGUCUCUUGGGAACAGUGAAUAGCGAACAUUUAAUGGAUUUCAUGAUGCCAGAUUCAAAUGUUUCAAGGGACAUUCCUCAAUUUAUCAAAUCUUAUGAUCUCCGUAGUGAUAGUUCUUCUCCUCCUUCUCCCUAUGCACCUGGUGAAAUUCCUAGCACGGACGAAUGUGCUGAAAUGUUCAAUGGAAAUUCUCUUUUAAGCCGCGGUUUUUCGUUUAUUAAUUCGCAACCAUACAGGAGCAUGUGCAAUUAUUUAGUUUCGAAGAAAAAAACUUCCGAAGAAAAGUCGGCCGCAGCUUGCAAAGUAGCCACUGCUUAUACUUUGGUAUCGUAUGUUAACGGAUAUUACCUCACUUUACCAUCAACUUGUGCCAAGUGCUCCAUUGGUGGUACUAACAUUCCAUAUGGAUACUCAGCUAGCAUAGUCACCCCACAAAAACAAGCCGACAUUGUCAUAAUUCUGGAAGAAACUAAGGAUAACGAAGCUAUCUACAAUGAAAUGUUAACCAAAUCGAUACCUUUGAUCCAAAAAGCGUUAGCUAGUAAAGGAAUCACCGAUGUGAAUUUCGGAUUAAUCGGAUACGGACCAGAAAUUCAAUAUCCGUCAAUUCACACAACAAAUGGAAAACUCGGAUUGGAUAAAAACACCAAAGUAGCGUUUUCCAAUACACCGCCGAAACAACCUUGUAGUUCGUUAGGAAAAACUGUGAAAAAUAUAAAAUAUUUCUUAGGUGAUUACGAUUCAAGAAGAGCUUUACAAAUUGCAAACGAUUAUCCUUACAGAAAUGAGGCUGUGAAAGCGAUUAUUCAAAUUAAGACAGAUAUCGACGAUUUAGCUUUAGAUAGAUACAAUAUUUAUAGCUCUAUCGUAAACGCGAUAGUUUCUUGGGAUGUAGUGAGUGGUAAAGUCCCAAUGUUUAUGGUAACUUCUCUACCUCAAAUUGAUUCUCGUACCGAUAUAUCUGAUGUAUUUGGAUUUGAUUCGAGAAAUGUUUAUACCGCCGAAGGUACGAAACCAAUGGUGAAUUAUUUGGAACUGUUUAGAAUGAAUAAAGCUGCUGUUAUUCUUCCUUUAACGAGUGAUGGAGCAGUAUUCAAUAGUUCAGUAUUUAUCGAUCAAACAAAUAAACGGGAUCAAUUGACCAAUGUUUUCGCCAAUACCGUGUCCACCGCUUUAACAACUUAUCAGAGAACAUUCGAUUGCUAUUGUAAAUAUAAAUACGGUAUUUACUCCGAACCACAAUGUUCCGUUAGUCAAACUGCCCCAAUCCAAACUGGGAUAGGAGUUUGAAGUUGACUACCAAAUUAUUCCUGCAAUAAUAAUUUAUAAAGUGUACUGUAAUUAAGAAUAAAUGUGAUUUCAAUUUUUU